GACUUAUAUUUGAAUCGCUAAAUGCAGAAAGGACACAUGUCCAAUAUUUUACAAAAAUCACUUUAUUGCAUAAUCGAAUUUAAUAUUGAUAAAUACAUGGUUUUGUGCAGACAAGACACAUGUCCUAUUAAAUUGAUCCCCGUUAAAAAUAAUUUAAAAUUUCGUUAAUUGCAGAAAAGGCACAUGUCCUGGACAUGUAACCUUUUUGCAUCAAAAUUAUACUUUAGUAAUAUUUUCAGAACUAAACCUCGUGAAAUCACUUAAUUGUAUGACAUGUAAUAUUGUUCUAUUUAUAAAUUUAAUUUUUUACAAUUGUUUAUCAGUAAAUAAAGAUUAUAAUGGUGAAAACGUUGCUAUACCUACUUAUAAAAUAAAAUGAUUAUCAGUGAAUAAAAUAUAUUGUACUGGUUGAAACGUCGUAGUCGUGUACAAACGAUCAUUACGUGUAUAACUUUAAAAAUGAGUUCAGACGACGAGUGUAUUAGUCCUCUCAAAAGAAAAAAAGGUGUUUCUAACAGUGAUAAAUAUAAAAGAAAUAUUAUUAAGCAAGCAAAAAUCGAAGGAAAAAAACAUACAAACUGGAUUGGAAAAAUAGUUGCUGCAAAGAAUGAUCCUUCAUUAAUACUUAAAGAAUGUUGUUCAAAAAAAUGUCUCAAAGACAUUCAACAAAAAAAACUUGAAGAUAUAAUGAAAAUGUUUUAUGAGUUGCAUUCUAAAAAUGAACAAGACCUUCAUCUUCAACGAACAAUAGAAAUAAAAGAAAUUACAAGAAAACGAAAACGAAUAGAAACAGAAGAAGGAAAAGAAAAACCGAAAUCCAAAAGUGUUCAGUAUUUUUUAAUAGUAGAUGGACAGCGUAUUCAAGUAUGUAAGAAAGCUUUCAUUAACGUUUAUAAUAUUUCUAAUAAAAAAAUUAGACGGCUGGUCGAUUUGUUAGAAAAUAAUAUUACCCCAGUUGAUAUGAGAGGCAAAAAUAUUAGUGCUAAUACUAUGCCAUAUGAGUAUUGUCAAAAAAUACAUGAACAUAUACUAAGUUUUCCAACUAAAGAUACUCAUUACACAACACGAUUGAAAAAAUAUUUAGACCCUAAAUUAAAUGUUAAAACUAUGCACACAAUGUUCAUAAAAAAGUAUCCAGAGUUAGAAGCGAAAAUAAAAUAUCAAUAUUAUUGGGAGUAUUUUAAGAAUAAUUUUUCAUUAAGCUUUGGUGCUCCAGUCAAAGAUGCUUGUUCAAAAUGCGAAGAAUUAAAUACAAAAAUAAUGAGUAAAGAUUUAAAUGAUGUUGCAAAAAGAGUUGCUGCUGCGGAAUUAUUAGUUCAUAAACAUAGAAGCAAACAAUUUUAUAAUAAUAUUAAAAAAACAAUAGAGAUUUCUCAACAGAAUAAAAAAGUGUUAGGUCUUUGCUUUGAUUUUAUGGCUGUAGUUGACUUACCUAAAAUACCGGUGCAGGAAGUAUAUUAUUAUCGUCAAUUAUCUGUCAAUACUUUUGGUAUUCAUAAUUUAAACACGAAUAAUUUAUUUUGUUAUGUUUAUCAUGAGGCAACAGCAAGAAAAACGCCAAAUGAUGUAUGCUCUUUUUUGGUUCACUAUAUUAAUAGUUUUGUUGAUAAUGAUGUUGAGGAAUUGCAUUUGUUUUGUGACAAUUGUGCUGGGCAAAACAAAAACCACGCAUUACUUAGAAUGAUUAUGGCUCUAGUUGAAAUUAAAAAAUUCAAAAAAGUUCAGGUUUUUUUUCCACAAAGAGGACACUCGUUUUUGCCGUGUGAUCGUGACUUUGCAUUGAUAAAAAAACAACUUAACAGAGUCGAUCGUCUAUACACUUUAGAAGACUAUAUAGAAAUUAUUUUAAAAUCAUCAAGAAACCCAGAAAAAUUUUCAGUGUUUCUAGUUGAUAAAAGUAUGAUUUAUGACUAUCAAAUGUGGUUUUCACAAUUUUAUAUUAAAAAUACUAACGCGUUAGAAUGUUUAAGCCGUAAUAAAACAUCGAAACAACGUCGUACAAUAGACAAAUUUUUAAUUUCUAAGUACCAUUAUUUUGAAUGUGUAUCGGAAAAAUGUGGAAUAAUUAAGGCAAGUGAACUUAUUGAUGGAAUAAUAUCAAACCAUUUCAAAUUAAGAAAAAACAAUGCAAUGCCCAUACAACUCCCAAAAACACUAGUUUAUACUUCAAGCUUACCAAUUCUUGAAAGCAAAAUGAAAGAUUUGAAGCAACUAGCGAAGUAUAUUCCAGAGCCAGCAUUGCAAUCAUUUUGGAAUUGUAUAUUUUCGUUACAAACUGAGACACCUCAAGCAAGGCAAAGUAGAACAUAAGAUAUUUAUAUAAUUAAAUUUCUAAUUAUUAAAAAGAUAUCGAAUAUUUGUGACUCAAUAUUAGUAUAUAAUCUACCGUAUAUUAUUUAAUCAUGUAAUUUUAAUUUUUAUGCAUAUUAAAGCUACUUAUUUAUAAGAAAACGGUUAUUUUCGAAAUAUAAAUGGUAAUUUGAAGCAUAAACGGCACAUGUCCACAACCUUAAAGUCCUUCAGAUACCUACAGUUUAAUUAUACUUCUUUAAGUGAUUGUAGAAACAUGUAUACCAUGUCUUAAACUAUAUUAUUC